CAUACUUUCCUUUUCACCAACAUGGUGACCCGCAGGAGAUUAUUUUGAUUUUCUGUCAUAUUAUCAGCAUGUCUUCACAGAUGGCAGAUGUAGCCAUCCAUAAUCUUGGGAAAAAAGACAGAAGUAGAAUGAAGCGAAAGCGACCUAGAAGAAAGUCAAAAGAAUUUCCUGCUGGUAGCACCUUAGACAAGCCAGCGUGUAGCUCAUCAGUAGAUGGACAGCGAAGGAUCAAGAAGAAAAGAAAGAGACGGAAAUUAAAUCGAGUAACAGAAAAUGGCGGUGGGAAAUGUGAUGAAAAUGUACACAAUUUGACUGCAAAAUUGAAAAGUGUUUUCACGAAAACCAGCGAGUUGAAACAAAAUCGGAAGCAAAUCGCCAGAUCUAAACGAGAAACAGUUAAGUCAGCUGUAACGCAAGAGGAAUGUCAGACUGGUGACAUUUUGAACGUCAGUAAUUCUACCUACAUUGCUCUCGAUUGUGAAAUGGUUGGAGUUGGUCUGAGAAAACAUGAAGCAUUAGCUCGGUGCUCCCUUGUUGACUACGAGGGGAACAUCCUAAUGGACGAGUAUGUGAGACCGACUGAGCCGAUCACAGACUACCGUACAAAGUGGAGUGGGAUUCGUCCGUCAGACAUGUACUGGGCAGUGCCGUUCUGCGUUGUCCAGGACCAUGUGCGACGGAUUUGUCAGGACAAGAUUAUUAUUGGCCAUGCGGUGCACAAUGACUUCAGAGUUCUACUGCUAAACCAUCCCAAACAUCUAGUAAUGGACACCUCGUUCUUCAAACCACUGCGGGUGAAAGCUGGGUUAGACCCUACCAAAACGGCAUCAUUAAAGCACCUCACAUUGGCACUAUUAGGACGGAGCAUCCAGAAAUUCACGCACUGUUCGGUGGAGGACGCGCGGGCUACGAUGGAGAUCUUCAGGAGCGUGCAGCAGCUGUGGGAGUGCGAGCGUGGCAUCACGAACAGCUGCACCGCUGCCGCGGCCACAGCAGCGGACCCCGUGUGCGACUCCGGAUACAGCAGCACCACCGAGACUGCCGCCUCGUUCCUCGAGGACGAGUUCUGGCCAGACGAUCUCAAUUAAUGACGACCGCGCCUAUUGUUGGCCAUCAUACUCGGAAUAGUUAUUUUUACCGCGGUAGAAGUAUUUCAACCGCGGUUAAAUUAUGGCCCUUUUACGCAAUCAGAGGCCUCGUUACACAUAAUUUAACCGCGGUAAAAAUAAUUUAUCCGCAGUAAAAAUAAUUUAUCCGCAGUUGAAUUAUAUGUAUAACAACCUCGGAUUGGAUAAAAGGCCAAUAAUUAUACCGCAGUAAAAAUAAUUAUUUCUAAGUACGAUGGCCAACCAUACGCGCUGGCUCGUCAACAAAACAGCGUCGCGAAUUUACAAGUGUUCUUGUGUGUUUGUUAGUUUGGUUCAGAACCCACUGAUGAUCGACAGGAUAUGCAGCGGGUCGUUUUACACCGUCGGCUUACGGCGAAAGGUUGCUACGUUUAGCGAUGCUUUGCGGGCAUGAACGCGUGCGUCAAUAGGUAUUGCACGUGUGCUCAACUAGAACUGAUGACGGUUGCUGGUCUUCCAUUGCGUUCGCGUUAACUGGCUGUUAUGGGGGUAAGGACGUAAAAGUAAUAAAUGCGUGGGCACAAAAUAAAAAACGGAAGUUUUUUGUUGUAGUUGAAGAGAUUUGGUGUCGCGUUGGACUGCCACUGUAACAUCCACCCCUUGCUUUUCCCACCACAGCUGGAUAUAAAGUAAACACUACAGCAGACACACUUAUUUAGUUCGUAUUCCUGUAUUCGAGACGAGAAUGUAUUUUUCAUAAUAAAUAAUCUCACUACAAGUAACCUAGUA